GCCGUCUCGCAGGGCGGGGCCCGGCCCCAACAUCCCGCGGGCCUAAGAUGGCGGCGGAAGCGGAGGUGUCGGUGUGAGCGGGGACUCCGUCCCCCGAUGCUGAGGGAGCCGGGGCCAGCGAGGGGGAGGCGGCGGGCGGCCCCCGGGCUCUCGCGAGAUCUCCUCCUCCUCGGCGGCCUGCUCUGCGCCUGCGCCGUCGACCUCGGUUGUACAGACGCCCCGGUCAAGGACCCGGAGAAGCCGGCAGCCACGGCCGCGCCCCCGUGCUGGCUGGUGGAAGAGUUUGCGGUGGUCGAGCCCUGCGGCGAGUGCACCAGCUUCCAGGCGAAGAUGGUGCCCGAGUGCAGCACAACGGGCUUCGUGGAGAAGGUCAGCUGCAGCGCCAGCAAGAAGGAGACGCUGAAGAGCUGCCGCUCGGCCCACAUGGAGCACCGGGCCUUCUGGCGGUUCGAGGCGGCGGCCCUGGGGCUGGCCGGCGUCUUCGCCGGCCUCGUCCUCUGCCGCCAGCGCCUGCUGGACCGCCGGGCCCUGGAGAAGGUCCGCAAGCAGAUCGAGUCCAUCUGAGAGCGUAGGCGCCCGUGCCCCCCGCGCCCCCCUUCCCCGCGCCCCCAUUAAAGAGACGA